AUGUAUUGUGGUGAUGAUAAUUGCUAUGAAAUAUUAAAAGUAGAUAGAAAUUCAUCAAUUGAAGAAAUUAAAAAAUCGUAUAGAAAAUUAUCAAGAUAAUAUCAUCCGGAUAAAUCUAUUCAUAGAGGAGAAGAUACUAAAUUAAUUUAUUAAAAAAUAGUAAGAGCUUAUGAAAUUUUAAAAAGUUAAGAUUUAAGAAGUAGUUAUGAUGGAUUUUUGAAAAAUCCAAAUCAAAGUGAAUAUUAUCAUUAUUAUAAUUAUUAUAAAGCUGUUUAUACACCAUAAACUAACCCAUUUGUAGUUUUAUUUGCAACUGCGGUAUUUUUUUCUGGUAUUUAGUAUUUAGCACGUAUAAGUAUGCAUGAAUCUGCUAUUAAUUAGUUUUAAUAAUCUGAAAGAUUUAAAAAAAUGGUUAAUUAAAGGUUACAAGAGGAAGAUAAUAGAUCUAAACAAGAAAUAAUUGAUGAAUUAAAAAAAGAUAUAAAUAUUCAAGGCGGAUAUUCCAAAUUAAAGAUCUAAGAAAUUUUUAUUAUAAGAAUAAUUUUAUUACCUUAUACAAUUUAUAAAUAUAUAUAUUCUUUUAUAAGAUGGAAUUAUAAAUAUAGAGUUAAAAAAUAAUAAUAUACUAAUGAAGACCAAAUAAUUAUGACUAGAUAUAUUUUACAGAUUAGUGAAUCUAAAUGGAAUUUAAUAGAAGAUGAAAAAAAAUAAGAAUUAACUGAAAGAUAAUUAUGGAUUCCGUAAAAAUAUAAAGAAUAUAGAGAAGAAAUGAUGGAAUAAGCUAGAAUUUAGAGAGAAUAAUUUCUUUAAACAGCAAAAGGAAAAAAAUAUGCUAGAUAUAUGAAAAAUUAUAAAUGA